AUGGGGGAUAUCGGCGUUCCGCCUAUUAAUCCUACCCCGGCUCCAAAUCCUAUCAUGCAGGAAUCAUCAGGAGUUGGGCGGCGAUGCUUAUGGGUUGUCGCUAUAGGGAUGCUGCUUUCAUCCCUAGUUUUCUAUGUUCUGGCUGGCAGAGUCCCUGCACAAAAACGCCUUUUCCACAGCCUGGUAUCACUUAUCACUACUAUCUCGUUCCUAUCCUAUUUCGCGAUGGCUAUGGGAUACGGCGUAUCGUACAAAGAAUAUACCUAUCACAAACACUACAAGCAUUCCCCGGAUAUCUUUCAGGAUGUCCGCCGUGAAGUGUACUGGAUUCGAUACGUCAAUUGGAUGUUGACCGUGCCGAUGAUUCUCACCUGUCUCUCGUUUUUGUCUGGGGUCAAUGGAGCAAGCCUGCUCGUAUCAAUCUCGGCAUCUCUUGUUAUGUUUGUAGCCGCUCUCAGCAGCUCAUUCAUGGACAAACACUACCAGUGGGCAUGGUUUAUAAUCUCCUGUUUAGGAUACCUCACAAUUGUGUACCAAACUGGUUACCAAGGUCGGAAAGCCUCGCUUGCAAAAGACCAAAAAGUUCGCACUUUCUACACUUCCAUUGCAAUCUUCGCGUUGGGAGUGCUGCUCGUCUAUCCGAUCAUCUGGGGUAUCUCCAAUAACGCUCGAAAAAUGAGCAUUGACGCAGAGAUAAUUGUUUUUGCCGUCCUUGACAUCCUGCUACAGGCUGUCUUUGGCUAUUGGCUCAUAGCCUCCUAUAACACAAUAAGGUCCAUCUCGGUCACCUUAGACGGUUUCUGGGCCAAUGGUGUUAACGGCGAAGGCAAUAUCCGGGUAGGAGAAAACGAGAACGUAUAA